AUGGUGCAUGCGUUUGGACAAGUCAAUGCGUCGUCUCAUACUACUGCAGGAGCACAAGGUACUGCCAGUACGACGAGUCAUAAGGUGGAACAACGACCCCAAUGUUGGGUCCCCGUCAUUCUCUACUAUCACACCGACACCGCCUCGGAUUGGUUUGCCUAUUUUGUCGAGGAAAUGCUCGAGGCGCCCAAUCGACCCGCUGUCAUUCUCGAUGCGGGUGGCAAUGAGGUGGACGAUUACUCGACACCCGUACGGCUCAAUUCCACAGCCCACGAAAAACGGGAUGUAUGGCUCCACUCGUACAUCACCAACUCGGAAACGUACUGGCAGCAUCAAAUUACCAUCAACACGACCGCUCAACCACCCGUCGUGACCAAUGUCAGUGCUGUGUUUGUGGAGAGUAUUGCCGAUUUGCCCGAAGAAUACAAGAAGGAUACCUUGUACCAGAAUCAGAUUCGAUUGUUACGACAAUUUGCCAAUGAAGCCAUAGAACAUGAUGUGGUGGUAGGAACGGCAUUGGCAAUGCCCACACAACGGGUGGGACCCUACAUUCGAUGUCUCGGGGGAGAAUGCGAGGCGGGGAAUCUGUUUGCCAACGCCAUGCAAUGGGAGGCACAAACCGAUAUUGCUUUCUUGGCCAGUGGAGGACUCCGCGGGAACGGAUGGGAAGCAGGCCCCGUGCAUCUGUCGGAGAUUUGGGGGAUGCUUCCAUUUCCCAACACAAUCUGCACCGGGACCAUGAGUGGAGUGUCCUUGUUUAACAUUUUGGAAUACUCGAUACGAACGGCAACAUUUGAAAAGCAUCAAUCGGAUCAAGCAGCUCGGUUGCUGCAGGUGGCGGGAUUGAAGAUCACGUACAAUAACAAGCUACCGUAUGGAUCCUCGCGAUUGUUGGCCGUGGACGUCUGGAACCAAAAACAAGGCAAGUGGAAGUCGUUGUCUCCGACUCGUCUCUACACGUUUGCUUCCAGCAGCUACGAAUGCGGUGAAUAUCAGCCGUACCCAAUGUUAACUGGAACCGACGGAUCAUUUAGCAUCCAGGGUGAAAUGGGUGGGACGAUUGGAGAAAAGUUGGUCCAGGAUGCCGUGCGAGAUUAUCUGGAGAACCUCUCGCAGCCUUACAAUACCACCCUCGAAGGUCGCAUCACUGGUGUGGCUUCGGAAGAGGCAAUUUUGGACUUUUUGGAGUUAGAGGAAGAUUGUGGGGCGUCCGAGUUCUAUUCCAUGAACCAUCGACUCUGCAUGCCAUGUCCUGAUGCGAGACAUGUGGCCUUUUCGGACGAGUUGGUGCAAUUCAAGUAUCAGUUGGGACGGGCCAUCAGUCUGGAAGCUGUCGACAAUGAGCUUCGUGCUAUGUCGGAAAACGACAACACCACCAGUGUACCCAACGCAGACCAGGACGACAGUGGCUUGGUUGCCCGCAUACUACUCGUAAACAGAGAGCUAUCCAACUUUACGGUGAUACCCAAACUGAUUCCUUCGUGGUUACAAAUGGUUCCAGUAUCCGAAAACGGCGUCUCAAUCCAAGGUGUCAUUAUUGCAGAAGGUCAAAAUUACCUGCUCGAGUCCGGCGCAAGACUUGCCCUAAACCUCAUUGCCACGCCUUCCAAAGUAACGGGGAUGGUUGGCACCGUGGUGGGGACGGUGGCCGUUCGUGUGCUUGCCGAUGACGCCAUCAAUACGGAUCCGGGAAUGACCCGAUGCGAUGAAUUUGGUGAGGAUGUAACGUUUGACGCCGCCUUGACCAUUCUGCCACAAGAAGAAUUGAACCAUCUUGGGGACAUUCGCUUUAUGGGACUGGCUCUCAUGGCCAUUGUGAUGGCAACUUCUGUUGGUUUUGCUUUGUUUGUAUUCGUUUAUCGAGAGACGAGGAUUCUCAAGACGAUGCAACCUGUCUUCCUGAUGGCGAUUUGCCUGGGAAUAUUCAUUAUGAGCAGUACGAUUCUUCCGUUGAGCUUUGAUGAUGGCAUUAUUUCUCCCGAACAAUGCAGUCAGAUGUGUAUAUCGCAACCUUGGCUUUUUUCGAUUGGGUGCACCAUCCUGUUCUCGGUUCUGUUCUCAAAGCUUUGGCGAAUUAACCGACUUCUGCAUGCCCCGCGUUUUGAGCGUUUGAUGGUAACCGAGAAGGAUGUCAUGGGCCCUUUUUUGGUUCUGUUCACCGCCAAUGUGGCUCUGCUUCUAACAUGGACUUUGGUGGAUCCGUUGCAGUGGACAAGACGACCUGUCGAGGACGAACCGUGGAAGACUUACGGGUCAUGUUCGUCCAAUGGCAUUGGUUAUGUUUUCAUGGGGCUGAUUGGGCUUCUAUUGCUGACUGCCCUUCUCAUGGCUUGCUAUCAAGCAUACAAGGCAAGGGAUAUAAGUGAUGAAUUCAGCGAAGGAAAGAAUCUUGGGCUAGCAUUGUUUACGUGGAUCCAAGUUAUGUUGUUGGGGGGGCCGACCUUGUUUCUGGUGGAUCAAGAGAACUUUACGGCACGUUUUUUUAUCGAGGUUGGUCUCAUUGCUGCACUGGGAGCUAGUAUGCUUCUCUUCAUAUUUGUUCCACUAGUGAAGGGUGUCAUGGAGCUCAAGAAACAACCUCCUGGUGGGACAAACCACCAAAGUAAUCAUAUAUCUGGUGACCGUCAACAGAGCAUGGCUGUAUCGGGGUUCCCCACCAGCUUUGAAUCUACCAAUGGAGUUGGCGCUGUAUCUUCAAGAGCUGCAAUCAACCCAGUCCGAGUUCGUAACAUGUCGGCGAGCAUGCGAGAGGACAUUGAUACUACGGAAGAUCCAAUGCAUCCAUGA